UGUUCCAAGCAUGAACAACAUACAGUACUAGUAACUGUAUUAUAACAGGAUAAAAAUUAUUUUGUUACUUUGUGGUCGGGCAAUCGAUAAAAUUGCAUCUUCAGUUUUGCCAGACCUUUUAUCGAUGCAUCUUAGUAGGUCUGUGAAAUGUGAGUUCCUGACGCCUGGGAAAUAAGUUUCUUUCUGGACUUUGGGACGAUGGAUGCGUGAACAACACUUUGACAGCUGUUCGUUUGUUAUCUGGCUGUCGUUAUCAAAAUUGCGAUUUAAUAACAGCACCGCACCACCUGGUUCUGUUAUCGGAUUUUGAUGUUUGUCAGCAAGUUGAAGCAAUUGUUACCAUCUUGUAAUUUUGUUGACUGCACUGCGAUUUGCGAAUCCGGGAAAACUGCAAGUUCAUUUGCCUACCGCGUGGAUAGACUGGCAUAAUAAAUCGAUUCAUGAGAAAUGUCCCAGCAAUGAGCAGCUAUGUUGGCCCCACAGGGACACUGCGUCUUAACAGCUGUGAUCCUGCUUUCCAUAUGGAUGCACUUCACGCCAACUGGAGCGGAGGAAAACGUGACAUCGUCAGCGUUUCUAGAAGAUGGACUGGUUUAUAAAGUUGUGCAGGUCAAUGCAGGCCGCCGCGUUAACAGUUAUGCGUCGUACAAGGACGUCGUGCUGACCGAGUUCGUCGUGCCUCCCUUCACGCAGAGCGCCAUCUUCGGGUUCUCCUCCCAGAGUACUCCGAAGGGAUGCUCGGACGACAAAACCAUCGCGGCAUUUAUUCAGCAUGGAGGUUUUCCUUUGUUCCUCCUAAAAAACGAAACAUGGGCCGAUAAUGUGUUUGGGAACCGCUCGGAUUUCGCCUAUUUUGAUUUUCCAGCGACGGAUACCACCUGGAAGAUUACGGUGCCAGCUCCCAGGGAGGGUUAUUGGUUUUCGGCCGUAUUUGUCAAGGAAGUCCAGGAGCACAUGAAGCAGACGGGUCUGUUUGCGAAAUGUGACAUCACGUAUUUUGCGUCGUUUUUGGUCUCCAAAUUUCCCGAUCCCAUCGUGGAAUUGGAGGCCGCGCGAACGCUUGCGUUUCAGCAGAAUAACAAUCGCUCACAGCGACAGCUGUUUCGUUUAUGUUUACAAGGAGACUACUACGAUUCAGUCGAAGUAGUGAUAAAGUGCGAUAAACAAUCGCGAUGCCCUCUUCAAAUCAGCGCGCGUUCCGAUGGUAUCCCAUCGGGGAAUGUCACAUCUUUUAUGCACCGGAAGGAGUGUGGAACAACUGUUUGUAAGCUGAAGUAUCCGCCUAUCCAGAAGAAGUGCCAGUAUAUCCUUACGGAAUUCGGCAAAAACGAAGCUGCGGAGUUUCUUAUCACUGUCACCCCGGUUUCCUGCAGCGGACCUUUGGUGUCUAUUAAGGAAUGGCUACAGCAGUCACUGCUGCCCAGUGCAUCUGUUAAUACUAGCAGGGUAUUGGGUUCGGGCAAUUUUUCUUCUGGACAAAUGGUCAACGACACAUUUUAUCAAGUAUCGGCCGAACAGCUGCAGGUGCCUUUGGAACAGCCACACUGCCCUUAUGUACGAGAUAUGCCGCGAUUGGAGUACAUGCCGGCAUUUUCUAGUAGCUUUGGAGUUACAAAUUUUGCUAUGCCAAAUUCCGAGUACAUAUUUGUGCCACGCUCUGUAUUUUCGGAUACCGUUUUGCGUUUUGAAAUUGAGCCAUACAGAGAUACAGGAGGAACACUGCAUGUUGCACUGAAUUUAACUGACAACGAAAUGGAAGAUUUGGAGAAUCUUACCAUUGUGGCAUGUCUACAUCUGGGUACAAAUUCUCGAUUCGAUAUUGUUAAAACUUGCCAAGGACCUUUGUUGAUCGUUAAUGCAACGCAUCUUUACUCGGAAGUCCUAAUCCCUUAUCCGGAAGUGGGAACAUGGCACUUGAACAUUCAAGGCCGGCCGCUGGUCACCAUUGAAUCAAAUAUCGUCGAGUAUUUACCAGUUGAAUUAACUGUGAAGACGGAUCAGUGCAAUCAGGGCUCUUGUGGCCUUCACGGCAACUGCAGAGUAUCGCUUAGUAGUGGUGUAUUAAUCACCAGUGCCUGCGUGUGUACUGCAGGAUGGCAGGGAUGGGAUUGUACUGACUCUUCGACGGCCGACACCACAACUGAUCUCUUGCUCUCCCUGUUUUUCCUGACUAUCAGCAACGUGUUUUUCAUCCCUGCAACGGUUGUGGCUGUUCGACGGCGCUACGUUACCGAGUCAGUUGUUUAUGGAGCAACAUGUUUCUUCAGCUCGUUUUACCAUGCUUGUGAUCAACCGUCCAAAUACUUGAAGCUUUGCAUUAUGGAUUUUAAUGUGUUGCAAUUUUGUGAUUUCUACGUGUCCAUUCUGUCCUUCUGGAUGACAAUUGUCGCAAUGGCUGAUUUACCACCACAGUUGAAAUCGGUGUGCCAUAUGGUCGGAUGCAUUGGGAUCGCACUGGGCGUCGAGUACGAAAAAACUGGUUUAUGGGUAUUUGCUGUUCCCGCAUUGACCGCUGUGAUUAUUCUGGCUGUAUCUUGGGGAUUUCGGUCUUACCGCAUGAAAAAAAUCGCCCCUCAGAAAAUGUACUGGCUAAGGCACUUUCUGCCCGGAUUCGCAUUUGCUGCAUUGGGAUUGAUUUUGUUUGCCUUCGUGGAAACCAAGACAAACUACAAAUUCGUACAUAGCGUCUGGCAUAUUGCAAUGGCAAUGGCUGUGAUAUGCUUUUUGCCACCGCUACACCAUCGGUCUCAUGGCAAAUAUCCCAAAUUUCGUAUUAUUUCGACAGAUUCUGAUCUCAGCGUAAGCACAGGGAGUGGUUCCAGCCAAGAUUUUUUGAGACCGGCACAAGGAGAAGUGGUAGCGUAACGGCUGGCCGUCAAAGAUGCAUGGAAUACUGCAUUUUUUAUUUUUGAACUCUUAAUUUUGGAACAGAACUGAGAAACAAUUUCAUGUAUCAAUUUGUUAACAGUUUUACCUCGCAAGAUUUCCGGUUUGGGUGAGUUGUGGGGAUCUGUUAGUUAACUCAAGUUUGUUUCCGGUUGAGAGUUCUAUAUUUGUUUGCUAAUUAGCAUGCAGAAUUGUAUAGGGUGUUUUUUAAUUUGUUUUUACGGAGUUAUAAUGCUGGUUUAGUUCGGUUUUAAUAUCUGCAUCGGAAAAUUUUCCCUUGUGAGGCAGUAUUAAUUACGAUAUGCAUAAUUUUGCUUAUCCAAUCCCCGUGGGCAUGGAUUAACGUUUUUUUGUGUGGAUCGAUAGAAUUGCUGCUUGUUACUUGUAAUUGUAUGUAUUACAAAUGCGAACGCUGAAAGUAGAUAUAAUGCAAUUAGUUUUGUG